AUGUUCUUCUCGAAGUCUGCUUUCGUUCUCUCAUUUCUGGCACUGGGCAACAUUGUCGCUGCUGCGCAGCCACCUGCCUGCCUUCUCUCGGUUGUAGGAGCUGAGAAGAAUCCCGCCGACCUCAAGGCCGUGUGUAUUACGAAUGGCGAUGAUGUGCAGAAAAACAUCGCGGACACUUGUGGUGAUAGUGAGCAAGCAGCCCUGAAGUGGUUCGCUGAUACCUGCGACGCUGCAGGCUACAACGUUGUUAUCAAAUCCCCCACGACCUCUGGAUCCUCUGCCACCGGUACUUCCACUAAGGGCUCGACAUCGACCAACACCGGUUUCAUCACUGCUACUGCAACUGGCUCUUCUAGCUCUGGAAGCAGCAAAUCCGGAACUUCUAGCUCCAGCGCUGCGUCCGCUAGCCAGACCGUCUCAGCUGGCUCGUCUGAUCGACAGGUUUCGGCAGCAGCCUUUGCGGCUGUCGUCUUCUUCGGCUUUGCUGCGUCCUUGUAA